AAUGACCAUUUGACUACAAAUGUUGGGGGUACCCUAACGCAGCUUGCAUGCAAUAUCCCACUAUAAAUGUGGCUGCAAAAUACCCUUCAAAGAAACACAGGAGGAUGGAGGGGGCGGCCGGUGCGAGGGCCGGGAGUUUGAGAGGCAGCCUUAGGGCAGGUAGCACCUCUGCUAUAUGGAGGACCGCCGGGGCGCAGGCGUUCUCCCGGUCGUCGAGGGACGAGGACGACGAGGAGGCUCUGAGGUGGGCAGCCCUAGAGAAGCUGCCCACUUUCGAUCGCCUCCAAAAAGGGCUCAUGCUCGGCUCCGAAGGGCCCCCGACUGAGGUGGAUAUCGAAAGCCUCGGGUUUGAAGAGAGGAAGGCUCUGCUCGAGAGGCUCGUGAAUGUCGCUGACGAGGACAACGAGAAGUUCUUGAUGAAGCUCAAGAACAGAUUGGACAGAGUGGGGAUCGAUCUUCCGAGCAUUGAAGUGAGGUACGAGAAUCUGAAGGUGGAGGCGGUUGCUUAUGAAGGCAGCAGAGCUUUGCCUUCCUUCAUGAACUUCUUUACCAAUUUCAUUGAGGAUAUAGCAAGCAGCCUUCACAUGAGGAAGAGCAAAAGGAGGUGCAUCACAAUUUUGAAUGAUGUGAGUGGGAUCGUCAAACCGUGCCGGAUGACACUACUACUGGGGCCUCCGGGCUCCGGAAAGACAUCACUUUUGCUAGCACUCGCGGGGAAACUCGACGAGGGCCUGAGGGCGGGAGGGAGAGUGACGUACAACAGGCACGAGCUGAAGGAUAUCGUGCCACAACGAUCGUCUGCUUACAUUAGCCAGCACGAUUUGCACAUCGGAGAAAUGACGGUCUGCGAAACCUUGCACUUCUCCGCGGCGUGCCAGGGCGUUGGCUCUCGCUAUGAGAUGUUGGUGGAGUUAACAAGAAGGGAGAAGGCCGCGAAUAUCAAGCCCGACCACGAUAUCGACUUAUACAUGAAGGCUGCAGCUACUGAAGGACAAGAAGAAAAUGUGUUCACCGAUUAUGUUCUUAAGAUUCUGGGGCUGGAAGUUUGCGCAGACACGAUGGUCGGCGAUCAGAUGAUACGAGGCAUAUCCGGCGGGCAGAGAAGGCGCGUGACCACCGGCGAAAUGCUCGGGACUGCUGUGAUUUCUCUGCUCCAACCGGCGCCGGAAACCUAUAAUCUCUUCGACGACAUCAUUCUGUUGUCCGAUGGGUAUGCCAUUUACCAUGGUCCUCGCGAGGAGAUCCUCCACUUCUUCGAGUCCAUGGGGUUCAGGUGCCCCGAAAUAAAAGGGGUUGCCGAUUUCUUGCAAGAAGUGACUUCCAAGAAAGAUCAACAACAAUAUUGGGUCCGCAGAGACGAGCCUUAUAGGUUUGUGAAGGCUAAGGAGUUUGCGGAGGCAUACCGAUCCUUCCAUGUUUGGGGGAAGAUGCUGGGUGAGCUCUCGGUCCCGUUUGAUAAAACCAAAGGCCACCCGGCCGCCUUAAGCAGAGAGAGAUAUGGUAUAAGCAAGGGGCAGCUCUUGAAGGCUUGCACUGAUAGAGAGUAUUUGCUAAUGCGCAGAAACUCAUUUGCUUACAUCUUUAAGUUCUUUCAACUUUUGGCGAUGGCUUUAACUUCCAUGACACUGUUUCUCCGAACUGAAAUGAUGAAAGAUAAUGAGACGGACGGUGGGAUUUUCCUGGGAGCCCUAGUUUUUGGUGUGAUUAUGGUUAUGUUCAAUGGUUUUGCUGAGGUUUCAAUGACUACCGGUGUUCUACAAGCAAAGGGACCUCUUAUUCUUCCCUCCUUGGGCUUAUGCUAUUCCCUCAUGGAUCCUCAAAGUGCCUAUUACAUUUGUUGAAACUGGUCUUUGGGUUUUUGUUACAUACUAUGUCAUUGGUUUCGAUCCAAAUGUUGGCAGGCUGUUCAAACAGUUCUUGUUAAUGAUAAUGGUGAACCAGAUGGCUUCCUCCUUGUUCCGACUCAUUGCAGCCGUGGGUAGGACUAUGGGAGUUGCAAACACAUUUGGAAUGUUCGCUUUGCUUUUAACGUUUGCUUUGUCUGGUUUUGUGAUCUCUCGAGGUUUGCGUGUUAACAAUA